AAUAGUUCGGCAGGCAGGAAAUGAACAGUUUUAAAGACGUUUCAAAGAUGCUGGUAAUACUCUGACAGAUUGUGACAGAUGGUGAUACUUUUCCGGGAGGUUUAGUGAUGGUAGUGACAGUUCAGAAGAAGCUGCUUAGUUCCUCAACUAUCAAUACCCGAAGACUGUUCUAUUUCCACAAACACCUAAAUAAAAGCACAACAGCCGUAGCUAAAAAAUAAAAAUAAAAAAAAUGCACCUUUGAAUCAUCUUCGCGGUCUUUGCAAACAAUCGUGUGAUGAGCCAAGCAUUACAACUAAAUACUUCUGCAGGGCUUGGCUGGAGGUGGACUGGAGGUAGCUGGCAUCUGGCGCGAGGGGGCGGAGGGAAGGCUGGGCGGGGAAGGGCGGGAGGUCUCGCCAACACAGCCCUCAGUCGCUUGCUCUCUCUCGUCGCGGUCGUUGGGAAGUUGUAAUUAGAUUUUGUGCUGUACUGGUCUGGUCGCUCCUCCUCGUGUGUCCCUCACCUCCCCACGUCAACUUAGUUCCGUGAUUUAUUUACCUUUUUUUUUCCUCAUCCCUCUCUUAGUUUCUACUUUCCCUCUGUUGGAAGUGGAUAUAUUGACGGUUAGUGAGAUCUGACAAGUCGAGACGAAGGACUUAAACUUACUGUACGCCAGAGACAAGGAUUUUCUUCUGAUCCCACGAACUUGAGAGGGAAAGAAGUUGCUGUUUGCUCACUUUUUUCCCCCUUCGAGUUAACUUUGUCGUUUUUCUUUCUUAUACACGAAGGAAAGGAAGAGAAAGAAGUAGAGGAAAAAGGAAGAAGAUGAGGGGACAUUUUCAUCAUUUCUUCCUUCUAACUCUUGUGGCAACAGCCGGGUCCCAGGUCACCCACUUCGAUCACUAUUCUGAUGAAGGCGAAGGAGCUGACGAGUAUUCAGAUGUGCAGCCGGUGUUCACGGCUAAGGGGCAGCAUUUCACUGUGGAUGUCGGGGGUAAAGUUACCUUCCCGUGCCACGUGGAGAACCAAGGAAAAUACAUGCUGAUGUUCAAACACGUGAUGCCGGGAGGAGAACACCGACGCUCUACGUGGGGGACAUGCCGAUCAGGCAGAGCAAGAGACUACAGAAGCUGGGUAACUCCUUCACUCUGAGCGGCGUGCGGAGGAGCCACGCUGGAAGUUACGUAUGCAGGAUUGAGACCUCCCCUGCCAUUGAAGUGACGCACACCUUGGAUGUACAAUACCCGGCCACGGUCCGUCGGUUAAGUCCUCGCCUGCAGCACGUGGUCCAGGGUUCGAGCGUGACCCUGGAGUGUGGGGCGGACGGCAACCCUCCUGCCACGAUCACCUGGACACGGCAGCAAGGUCACCUCCCCUCAGGGUCACGCAUGCACGAGGGCCGGAGCAUCACGCUGUCCAAUGCUGACCAUGAUGUGGAGGGCACCUACAUCUGCACCGCCAAGAACGGCCUGGGGCACCCCUCCUCCACCGACAUGACCAUAGAGAUCCAGUACCCGCCAGAUGUCACCACGGAGGAGUCGCUGCUGCACACGGGCGUGGGGCGCUACGUGGAGCUGGUGUGUCGCGUGCACGGCCGGCCUGUCCCCACUGUUUCCUGGACGAAGCAGGGGCGCCCACUCCUCUCCGAGCACUACGUCUUCUCUCAUGACACCCAGCACCGCCACACCCUCACCAUCCAGGAAGUUCGUGAGGAGGACUUCGGGGAGUACACCUGCACGGCGGAGAGUCCCUUAGGCCGCACCAACACCUCCAUCAGGCUGACAGGUCUGCCCAGGGUGCCGCGGGUGACGAGCAGCCCUGCCGGGGGGGAGAGGACGACCUACACUCUUACCUGGGUGGCGGAGAGUCAUACACCUGUUAUCAUGUACCGCCUGCAGUACCGGCGACACAAGGAGAGGCUCAUCCACAACCCGUCAGCAGGCCAGUGGAACAUUCGCUUGUACUCUCCUAACGGACCAGCGGGCGGCCCUGCCUUAGCGCCUCUGUCCUCGGGUCCCGUGCAGCAGAUGACCCACGCCAUUACUGACCUGGAGCCUGCCACUGACUACGAGGCGACCGUGGCUGUGGAGAACAAGUUUGGCUGGUCCGGGGACUCUGAGAUCUUUCACUUCUACACUAAGAAAGAAGAGCCCACUACCUCCACGGCUGCUCCCUCCACCCCGCCGUCGCAGUCUCACAUUCUCCCUAUGACUAAAGCAGAGGUGGCGCUGGGGAAGUCCAUCCGGGGAGGGGGAGGGUGUACACGUCCCGCCCUCCUCACCACCACCGCCUCCCUCCUCGCCUCCCUCACCACGGCCCUGCUCCUCCUUGGCCCGCCCGCUGCUUUAUAAUACUCAACAGUUUUACAGAGUUUUGUAUUCCUGAAGGAGACGCUGACGAAACCACCACCACCACCACCACCACCUCAACCACCACCACCACCACAACACGCAGCCCGCAGUGCUUGGUAGGGAUUCCGUGCCUGACAUGCUUCUCUGUACGCUUGUCCUUCACUGUAAGAUACUAAAUAACACAUCUAGAUUGUAACCUUGCUCUUCCCUCUCACCUCCCCCCACUGUGCUGUAAGAUUAACACCCUUAUGACUUUUCUCUCGUCCCUCUGGAUGAAAAUAGGACUCGAUUUUUUUUUUUUUUUUCUUGUUUGUUUGUUCUCCUCCUUUUGUCCCUCUGAGCUAUUUUCUUUUCUUUUUUUUUUCUAUUGAUUCUCUUGUUUUUUGUCCCUUAUGAGUCUUUUUUCGUCCCUCUGCUGUUAGAAUAGGACUUUUUAUUUUCUUCUUUUCUUUCUUUUUUUCUGUUGAUUAUCUUCCUUUUUUUGUCCCUCUAAGGUAUUUUUUUUUUAUUUUUUUAUUGAUUUUCUUCCUUUUGUCCCUUUGAGCUACUUUUUCUUCUAUUUUUUUCGUGUAUUCUUUUCAUUUUGUUCCUCUAAAGUAAAAAAGAACUAACAUACUUUUGCUUCUCAUUUUCUUCUCCAUCUAUCUGAGUUACAAAAGGUCUAGUAUUCUAUUUUCCUUCUCAUUGUUUUUCUUUUUUUUUCCUUCCUCUCAUUUUCAUUCCUUCUCAUUUUCCUUUUUUCGUUCCUUUGAGUUAAAAAAAAAAAGUCUGAUAUCUUUCUUUCUUCCUCAUUUUUCCUUUGUUUUAUUGUUUGUGGUGAAAAUUUUAUUACUACCACUUUUUUUUCAAGUUUUCGUUGUCUUUCUUGUUACAUUUGGGAUAAAACUAUAACUAAUGAUUUUUUUUCUUUUAAGUCUUUUCCUGUCUUUUGGGUCAAAUUUGAACUAACAUUUUAUUUAUUAUUAUUAUUAUUAUUAUUAUUAUUAUUAUUAUUAUUAUUAUUAUUAUUAUUAUUAUUAUUAUUAUUAUUCUGCCAGCACCAGUUUCUGCUAAAAUUUUGAAUAACACCUUUUCGAUUUUCUUGUUGUUAUUCGUUCGUCACAUUUAAGUAAAAAUAAAAAAAAAAUAAAAAUGAUAAUAAUAAUAAUAAUGUCACCUACGUUUGUCUUUAAUUUUCUGAAUUAAAAUUAUGGACUAAAAAACUGAACUAACACAUUUAUUUAUUUAUUUGUUUAUUUAUUUUAUUUUACUUUUUUUGAUUUGUUUUAUUAUCUAUUUUAUUUAUUUAUUUAUUUAUUUGUUUUCAUCAUGGGCUAAAAUUUGCAAUAACUUUUUUUUUUUAUUUGUUUUAUCGCCAUUCUUUCACCUCUAAGUAAGGAAAAAAAACACCAACUUUUCUUGUCUUUUCUAUGGCUUCUUCUCACAUUUUUUAUUAUUAUUAUUAUUAUUAUUUUCCUUUCUUUCUUUCAUCCCUAUUGUAGAUUGACCGACUGAACAGUUGUUGUUGAAUUCUCUUUAUUGUAUUCUGUAUAACUCGUUUCCAGGUAUUGAACGUAUUGUUUUUAACGUAUUCGUAUUAAAAACUUAAGUGUAUUUUGUGUAUUUUCUUCUUUGUAUGAUAGGGAAAACCAGGAAAUCAACAGGUGCUUCUUGAUAUCAUGAAAAGUAUUUUGUUCUUUGUAUGAGACGAAAAACUCGAAAUUAUUAUUAAGUUCUUUAAAAUUUGUGAAAACCAUUGACUUAUUUAAGUUUUCUUGUUUGCAUGAAGUGAAAAAUCGAGCAUUAUUAGAAUCCCCUUCGUUUUACAGUAUGAAAAAUCAGGAUAUCGUUACGGUUUUCCUCUCUGUGUGAAAACGGAAAAUUAAGUUCAUUUUUACAAUAUGAAAAAAUAAUAAUAAUAAUGUAAAAUUCCUAAGUUCUUUUAUAUAUUAGUUAAAAAUCACCAAGUUUCAUCUAAGUUUCAGAAAUGGUAAGGAAGUACAAGUCUACAAUACUCAUUUCAGCAUACGUAGACAUACAUAUCGCAUCUGUAAUGUUAAGAAGACGGUACGAUAAUUAUUGCUUUGUCACGUGUCACACAUACGAUACUUAAUUGUUGAUACCGUCACGUUUUCUUUCGUGUCCGCUCCGUAGAAAAUGGGGAGUUGCCAGUUACGUCUUUGUAUCAUCAUUAUUAAGUGGUUUCAUAAUGUUUGCAUCAUUUUUGUAAGUCCAGCAUCCCUCCCACUCUACAUAUGAUAAUUGUUUACACAUCGGCUGUAAAUAAUUAACCGCUGCACAAAUGUAAACUGUAUAGAUGAUAAGAUGCUAUAUUAAGUACAUGUUUAGUUCUUAUUUUUUUACUUUCUUACGUGUAAGGGCCAUAUUUGGAAACGCUUCUGCGCCCCACUUAAACUACUUACCAAAGGCUCUAUAUAGUUGAAGUCACACGGGUUUCCAAGGCUGUUUUUACAGUUCCAGUGACAGAUUAACAAGAUUUCUACAUUAUCAACAGUAGAAACACUCUAGAGAACCCGGCCAAUCAUCUCUGUGGCCUUUGAAAAUAGUCGUGGUGAGAGCGAAGCGUCUCUGAUAACGGAUUUGAGACGCACACUUGGUUCUUUAAAAUUUCGUAUACGUAUAAUACAGAGAUUGGAUACAUGAGUGAAUAGUUUACAUAAUCACUUGGAUUUUGAAUUUAAAGAUAAAGUUGCAGAUUUUUUAUUUAUUUAUUUAUUUAUUAUUUUUUUAUUGACUAUAGUAAUAUGAGAAUUGGGUAUUAGCGUGUGUUUCCCUCACGAGUGUAAUAUUCAACAAGACGAACAGCUGAGGAAGUACAAGGCAAGGUAGUGAAUACUUCAUAAUCUCUCUGCGUAUUUGAGGGACAGUAUAUUGACAGAAUGACGAUAGACAGUAUGACAAUAGAGAAAUAAGGCAAAGAAGUGACAAAUUGGAUAUCCAGCACCAUUAACAUCACGAAAUACGAAAAUAAUAUGUAUGAUUUAUAUAUAUUUCACAAACGCCAUAUUUCGAGAACUUUCCUAAUUAGGUAAAGGAAUCUUGAGUUACUAUUACACUUAUUUAUUUCAGUGUAUAUUUGGUCUUUUAUACGCUGUACAUUUAAGAGCUUACCAGUGCAUAACGCCAUUACUCCUGCCCACGUAUGUACGUAUAUAUUAACCAGUAAUUAUGUAAUUAACUUAACAUUUAGCAACGCGUGUGUGAUGCGGGCCUGAGUACUCAAACGCUUCGUCAUCUCACCUCUAACACUUACCAUGCCGCAGUGGAAGUGACCGAGGUUCUCAAGGGUGUUUUUUCAUGAUUCUAGUGAUUGAUUAACAAGGAUUCUGCAUCACCAACAGGGAAAAACACCUUGAGAACCCGACUGUCAUCUCUGUGGCCUUUGGAAAUGGUCCUGGUGGGGGAACGAAGCGCUUCAUGACACAGGUUUGGUGUUAACUUCGCAUUUAUCAUUAUGGGUGAAAAUGACAAAUGAGUUCUUGAUCUGAGAGGCAUUACGUGUUUUUGUGAUAUUUGUAUUCAUAAGAGUGUGUGUUCGUAGCUUCUAUUUUUCCUCACGGUAGUUCUGGACAUUCAAAGAGUUGCGUAUUUUAGGUUCCGCCAGGAUGGAAAGGUGAGGUGGGGUGUGUGCUGGCCACGGGAGAGUUUGUACGAGUUGUAGCGAACGGUAGAAUAAGUUUCGGAAUGUUGGUAAGCAUGAGUGAUAUUUCCAUUCACUACUACUACUACUACUACUACUACUUUUUAUGUAAGAGGGCUCUAGCAAAGGGGAACGCAAAGGAAGAUAAAAAAGGGGGCCCAGUGAGAUGUUAGUCCCUUUUAAGUCUAUAAAAUAACUGGAGAAGUGUCUUGAUAUAUCCUUGAAAGAGCUCACUACUACUACUACUACUACUACUACUACUACUACUACUACUACUACAGGUCCACUAUACUCUGGGCUUGUAUUCUGAAACUUCUUGGCUUCUCUUCCCAUUACUUUCAAGUGGGUGUAGUGAAGUGUAUAUUUCUAAGGUCCUUUCAAGACUGUAGUUAUAAUUCAACGCUUCCCUUGACAUUCGAAACGGUUUUGCAUAAUUAUCAACCAGUCUGGCGCAUUUCUCGCUCCACCUCUUAGCAUUACACUGGCUAUAAAUUGCUAAAUCUAAUCUUUUAUUUCAUUUUUUUUUCCUUCUUGUCAAUGGUUUUAAAAAGAUUUCAUUGCUUCCUGUGCUGUGAAUUGUUGAGUCUCGUAGUGAAAUGGUUGCAAGGAUUCUCAUAAUCAGUCGGAAUAAAAGAACCGUGAGAACCUGACUAAUUACUUCCAUGGCCUUUGAAAAUUGUGCUAACCAAAUCAAAGCGUUUCAAAAUACGAACACAACAACAUUCAUUCCAUAACCACUUGAAAGAAAACGCAAAGCAGUCAACACUUCGCAAACACUGGCCACUUUUUCAGCUUCCUUCACCUUUUUCUCCCAGUAUUUUGCCUUGAUACUGUCACCUUCACCUUCCCUGGCCUGUGUAGGUGUGUUUCAUGUACUUGGAUGCUCUUUGGCUGUAGUUACGAUUAAUUUAGUAUAUUGUGACACUACGCAGGUCCCCCGUCAACAGAAAACGAGGUGUGAAAUGCAAGUGGAGUCAUUUUCUUCGCCUAUUGAGGAUGACUGAAGUGUUUUGAUUUAUUUAAUUAUUUUUUUGCUCCAGGAAUAAGGAUGGAGACCAGACCAAUAGAAAACGAGAUAUGAUGCACAGAUGGAGCCGUUUUCUUUGCAUGAAGGAAUGACAUGUGUGUCUUUGUAAUAAGCUAAGGGUAAGCUAAUAGAAAACGGGAUGUCAGCGCCAGGUGGAGUCCGUUUUCUCUGUUGCAUUGAAGGAGUAACUGAAGUGUUUUUGUACUCUAGCAGUGAGGGUUGGUUACCUUUACGAACACGUCGGGAAUCGCUUUUUUGGUAAACAAGGAAAGGCUGUACAUGAGCUUCUGUGUCUUUGUAUUACUUGUACGUGUAAAUGGAAUACAUAACAUUAUUUUCUUAUUUCAAGCGUGUGUGUGUGUAUGUAUGUGAGUGUGUGAGUGUGUGUGUGCGUGCGUGCGUAUUAGUCAGUGUAUGAUUAACUAGUUCUUUUGUGAUAUACGUAAAAACAAAACAUGCUUGUCUUGUUCUAAGGGAUAUUUUUACUUUUUAUCAUUACUACUAACUAUCGUGAUGCAAUAUUGGCUUGCCAUGGGCACUGCUAACGAGGAUAAUGGUUUAAUAGUAUGACUGUGGGAAAAUAUGGUAAAGCGUGAGGAAAUUUAGCAGAACGUGGAAACUUUUAGUAGGAGUUGGGAAAUUUAGUAAGAGAUUGGGGAUUUUAGCAAGAGCGCGGGAAAAUUUUUAGAAAGAGGGUGAGCAAGUUUAGAGAGAGCAUGGGAAAUUGUAGGAAAUGUGGGAAAAGUUUGUAAGGGCGUGGGAAAUUUUACUAAGAGCGUGGGGGAAAAUUGGUAGAGCGUGGAAGAAUUUGGUGAGAGCGUGGGAAAAAAAAAAGUAGUGUGGGAAAAUUUUUGUUUAGCAUGGGAAAUUUUUUUUUAAAGUGUGGGAAAAUUUUAAAAGCGUGGGAAAAUAGUAGUGCCCAUGAGGUCCCAGGUGUCUCCAGGUAAUCCUCAGGUCACGUGAAGCUGUUACGAAUGCUGUGUAGUGUUUCAUUGGUGCAUAACUUAACUUCUCUUUACGUAGAGUUUAUAUAUUUCUUCCUUCUUUUAUCAUUUUCUUCUUAUUUCCUGUAAGUCCUUAGCUCAUGCAUUUUUUUUCAUAUUCGUGUUUAUUUCUUUAUUUGUCUAUUUAUUUAUUUAUUUAUUUAUUUUGUUGAUCUCUUCAGUCUGCAUACGUAACUAAAAUCGUCUAUAUUUUUAUUUCUACGGUUAUUUUUAUUUAUUUUUAUAUUAGUGUUUUCUUAGUCUCGUGAUUUCUUUAGAGAGAGAGAGAGAGAGAGAGAGAGAGAGAGAGAGAGAGA